UAUAUAUAUGAGAUAAGGCAGCGGCCGGACCACACAGUGCCGUCAACUCCACCAGCAGUCAUGGCUGCCAGGGGCGGCCUGCUCGCGCUGCUCGUAUGGUACGCGUCACUGUGGGCACCGGGUGGUAGUUGGCCAGCGACACCGGCGCUGGAGUACGGACCUCCUGGCCUGUUGCCGGGCAGACCUCUGGGCGCCGCCCCCUCGCCUGCCGCCCCAGGAGCGCCGCCCACUCAUGGCAUCGUUGUGGUGCCCGCGCCACCACCCAGCUUCGCCCCAGUGCCUGCACCGGCACCGAUUGCAGUCACCCAGCCUUCACGCCCAGUCCUACCUGCCAGUCCAGGUGUGGGUAAGCUGCCACCAAUACCCACAGCACAGCCACAUUUUCCUGCACCUGUCCUCCCGAAACCUGGAGUUACAACAGUGCCAAAACCUUUGCCCAUUCCCCAACCAUCUCCACUACAGCCACCCUCCCUAUCUGUUUUUCCACAAAAACCGUUUUUGAUGAAACCAAGUAAAAUGUUACCACCAGUAACCAACCUGCCAGCAGCUCCACCACCACCACCACCACCACCACCUUUUGAGUUACCAACAGUACCCAUCAUAAGGAAUGAAUUGAAGCCUCCUAUUAUACCACCACCACCACCGCCACCAUCACUGCCAAGAGCACCACCACCACCACCACCACCACCAUCACUGCCAAGAGCACCACCACCACCACCACCACCACCACCACCACCACCACCACCACCUCCACUUCCUCCAACACCAAUUCUUCUACCAUCUCCUCCUCCUCCUCCUCCUCCUCCUCCUUUCCCUUUUUCUCCAUCUUUAUCACCUUCACCUCCACUUUCAAGUCCCUCUCACAGACCAUCUAGGCCUCCACUCCCAUCUCCUCCAAAACCAUUUGAACUACCUAAACCACCAUCACUGCCGCCUAGUAUCACAGGGGCUAGGAAAAUACCACCUCCACCGCAACCAUUUGAACUACCAUUGUUUCCUGUACCUGGUAAAGCUGUUUCCCCUCCACCUACUAUCCAAUCUGCUCCAGUUCCCAUUCCCGCACCACCACCACCACCAAAGCCAUUUGAACUGCCUGUUUCACCACCUACAGGUAAGGUAUUCUCACCACCUACUGUUGUUCCAGGUGGGAGGCAGCCAAGUGUUCCAGCUCCACCCUCACCACAACCACUCCAGCUGCAGCCUUUACCUACAGAAACGAAAGGAUUGCCACCUAAUCUAGUAGUAAAAUUUCCUAGUCCUCCACCACCACCACCACCUCCUCCUCCUCCUCCUCCUCCUCCUCCUCCUUCACCUCCACCUCCACCACCAUCAUUUCAACUAUCCCAACUGCCUUCUCUAUCAGCACCACCCCCACCUCCUCCUCCUCCUCCUCCUCCUCCUCCUCCUCCACCACCACCACCACCACCACCACCACCUCCUCUCCCAUCUAGACCUCCACCACCAUCUCCUCCAAAGCCAUUUGAGCUACCUACAACACAAUCACUACCACCUAUACUUACAGGUGGUAGGCAACCGAAAGUUCCAAUACCACCUCCACCACAGCCAUUUGAGCAACCAAUGUUUUCUGGGCCUGGCAAAGCUGUCUCACCCCAACCUACUAGCCCUCCCACCCAUUUUCCAAUACCUGCGCCACCGCCGCCGCCGCCGCCGCCGCCACCUCCAACACCACCACCGCCGCCGCCGCCACCGCCGCCACCGCCGCCACCUCCAACACCACCACCGCCGCCGCCGCCGCCGCCGCCCCCGCCGCCGCCAACACCACCGCCACCGCCGCCGCCACCACCGCCGCCACCCUCUUUCUUGCAGAGACAGCCUUUGCCCACAGUUCCAGGUGCACCGCAACCUCCAGGCUUCCCCAGCCAGUUUGGAGCUGCUGGUGCGCCUACUCCAGCUUUUCCAGGUGCCCCAACUGUUCGUGCACCUGAAAGGAAUGCUGGUGUACUUCCAACAGGAGCGCCCGGCGCCCCAGGUGCCCCUGGAAGACCAGGCACCCCCGGCACCCCCGGCACACCAGGUGUCCCCGGCUCCAGCAUGCCAGGUGUGCCCGGCACACCAGGCACCCCCGGCACACUAGGUGUCCCCGGCCCCGGCACACCAGGUGCACCUGGCACGCCAGGUAUCCCUGGCAUCCCUGGCACGCCUGGCUCCCCUGGCUCUCCAGGUGCCCGCGGCGCGCCUGGCAGCCCUGGCACCCCUGGGACACCGGGUGCCCCCGGCACACCUGGCACACCAGGUGCCCCUGGCACACCAGGUGCUCCUGGUGGCCCCGGCGCUCCGGGUGCCCCACCUCCGCCGCCUCCACCACCACCGCCGCCGCCGAACGUGGCCACAUCUCCGCAGUCAUUCCCUGUCGGCACACGGGUUCACUUUGCUGACAACCUGGGCCAGUUCACACAAGGGUACGCGGAAAAGAAGGGCGCUGUGGUGACGGAGCACGGCAGGCUGGUGCCGGUGAACAAUGGCUGGGAGGCGGUGCUGGUCAAGGAAGGCUCCUACACCUAUAUAAGCCCCGAGGGCAAGCAGGUGUCGCUGAGCUACGUGGCCGACGAGACGGGCUUCCACGCCGUGGGAGACCACCUGCCCGUGCCUCCCACCCCCGUCACGCCCUCCUUCGUCUAGACGACCACCGCCCCCGACUAGGAGCCACCUCGCACCGACGGUGGUCUCCUCAGUCGCGACCUGCGAACACCACAACCGCCACAGCCAGCGCAGUCAACAGACGACACAUGCUAUCACCUACGGACUCUGCAGUGUUCACUGCUUAUAUGCCACUGAGGACUUGUCGAUGAUGAUGGCGUCCACCAAACAUUGCCACACUGGUUACUGAACCACAAUUAAUUUAAAUCGCACACAACAAACCAUGCUUACCUUUCUGUUCGAAAACGUCCACUUUCUGCUCUGCAGAAUCAUCACCUGCAGAACAAAUCGAUGUCCUAAAUAGAUCCGUGCAGUUUAUUGCCUGAGGGUACGAAACCCUCUUAUCGCACCCUAGUAGUGUUUUCUACAUGUACCUCGCAACUACUUUAUCCUAGGAGCACUGCUACACUUUCGCGAGUAGCACUUUAGUCAAGAAAGGAGAAAUUGGGCAUUUACGUACACACACACUCCUUUGACAGGUCAGCAUCAGCCGGUUUCCUACUGUCCUCGCGCCGCUAGAAGUCGCAGUAGCUCUUCAAGGCAUGCCACAUGGCCCCUAAUCCACAGCCUGAGCUAAGGAACACUUGCCCCACUUAACCACACCUGCAACUAGCCGGCUGUUUCCGGCCUUGAACUUCGCUACUCGUUGUGCGCAUGCGCACAAAGUUCUAUCCGUUAGUGCCCCCUCGCUCUUCACAUAGCGGACAUCCCGUGGCGCGACCAUAACAUCAGCAAAUCCAGCGCUGGAGUGGAAAGAUAUCACGAUACAUUAUUAACACUCCAAAAACAAUGGGCUAUGCAGGGCGCCGAUGCUUGAUUUUCUGGUGACACUGUCUUGAAAAAAAAAAAAAAAAACGCACAUGCAUGCCUCUGAAAUAUUUGGGCCAACAAUUUAUAGCUAACGGUACGGCAGUGUAGUGAUCAAUCGCACCGUUCUCGUAGCCCAGUGUGAUACCUUCUCUGGAAGGUGAAUUGUGAGGGCCAUAAAGACGUUGCUUAAGGUCCACUGGAAACGCGCCACGGAACUAUAUUUCUAUUUCGUGCCCUACUGACUUCCCAUCUUCAAAGUGUCCUGCCAGCAUUCCAUAGGGCAACUGUUUCCGUUAUCCGACUCCGAGAGUUGGGAAUCUAGAUUAACCGUGCAGUUGAUUCUUUAUAUGUGUACAGAAUUUGAAGCAAUAAAUCCAUAUGUACUUACUUCAGAAGUAGCGGCAUUGAUAAUCAAAUAAAAUAACAAUUUGAUAAUAUUCGGUAAAGAUGUGUUUCGAAAUAAUGUUUGAUGAGGAUAUGUUUCGUAAGAUCAGGUAGGUUUUAUCUGACUGAGGUUACUUGGCAUUCAUUUCAUAUCUCCAUAAAGGAUAUCACACACACAAAUAGUAAUUACAUACUUCGGUUAUAGAUCCUUUAGUCUUUUGCAGUGGCGCAGAUACCAUUACCAAACACCUUGGCUCCAUAUCACAGAUUUGCUGUCGAAGCAGCAGCAAUAGUUCAUUAGCUAAUGGGUCAGAAGCCACGCCUGAACUCUUCAACUUCAGUUCAUCCUACGAGACAGUAGUGUUCGUUAUUACGACCGUAAGAGCUAUGAAGGAGAGCUGGGAGAGAACCGAGAAACCAAACGAUUUUAAAUACUUCCUUUCAGUACAUCAAGUAGCAGCAAGUAACUGUUGUGGAAGAUAGUUACGCAGAAAAGAAUCUCACCCCCUAUGGAAUUGUUUACGGUCAAGUGCUGUGCUUCCAAAAUUUGUGAAUUUUAUGGCUUUGGAAUUUUUGUUUUAUGUUUUCCUAUGAUAUGCCGUCGAAAUUAACUAAUGCUCAAACAAUUUACUCUCACAGCUAUGCCCAACGUAUGGUGGUCUGCUGUGUAAAUUAUUCGUUUUCUUCUUUGUUGGGGUGACAGUUUGUUACCAGCGUGUUCACAUGUAGAAAGUUUCUUCGAAUAUCAUCUACCUACACAUCUAGGAACACUAGCGACGAUAUUCGUCGUAGGAAUCAUUCUUGAUAUAACAAAAAAAAAAAGGUUUUAAAAAAGUUUCGUUGACGUGAAACGUAUGAUACAUUAUUAACUUAUUCUGAGAAUAAAUGAGGAUAUUGUAUUAUCUCUGAGAAUUGCGUUUAGAAGACAGAUACACAUGGGCCAUAUAUAUGUGUACUUCAAAGUUACUGAUUUACGUUUCUAUGUUCACUGAUUCCUAUGUUAUUAUCCUGUUGAUUACAUUUUUGGAAUUAAAUCAAUCUAUAUUGUAGCAGAGGGUGUGAUAAUAAAUACAAUAGCGAAUAACAAUGUUAUCGCUUACUCCUGUCAGUGUACCGUGCACGAUAUUAGGUUUAUUAAGGGAAAAUUAACUCGUAACAUGAUUGUCAUAUAAUUGCGUUUAUAUUAGCUGUGUUUCAGCGCUUAAACUGUCAAUGAGUUUUCUCCGCAAGUUUCCUGAUUCAGUUAAUCUAAUAAUAUAUUUAUUUAAUUAGUUCGUAUCUGUGUAAAAUAUUUUUUAAUUAAAGUUUACAGCUUCACAUGA